GAGAUCAAACCUGAAGUCCCUUUGCCAGCACCUUUGCCUUUGCAGCCCACCGAAGAUUACGAGAUGGGUAACACAGGCAGCGCCCGUUCGGGUGAAGAUGGCAAUGACGACUCUUCUCAGUAUGCGCAGACAAUCAUCACCCUGCAAGCUCUGGCCAAGGAAGAUUCAGCCGAGAAACUGGAGGCCGGUGUCAAGUUUGGCGUGAAGAUGCUCGAUCAACUGGUUGAAGCAUUUGAGCCUGGCAAGGAGACUGAAGACAUCAAACAAGAGGCCACAGGCGCUCGCACCGUCGUCGGUGUUGUUGGCAACACUGGAGCUGGAAAGUCUUCGGUCAUCAAUGCCAUCUUGGAUGAGGAGCGUCUGGUCCACACCAAUUGCAUGCGAGCGUGCACUGCGGUACGUGCAGAAAUCGAGUUCAUCAAGCCCGCGGAGUGGGAAAGAGAGCUCCGAGUGCUCUCUGAANNGGAAUCCAUCGAUGGCAGCGGCGGCAUAUCCAGGGAGGUCAGUAACCCAGACUCACAAGCCGGCAUUGCUUAUGCUAAGAUUCGCGCCGUCUACUGGCGGCUUACAAGAGAUGAUCUGGUAGAGAGCUCGAUCGAGAAACUUAUGGCUGAUCAGUCUGUUCGGGGUCUUCUUGGUACUACCAAGUAUGUCAAGGAUCGCUACUGCGAUACGUUCUACAAGUCCCUCCAGCACUAUGUCGACUCCAAGGAGAAACCUGAGUUAACCAAGGAUUCUGAGGAUGAAGACGAGGACGAUUCGAAGGGCACCGGCAGCAAAGACAAGAAGAAGAAGAAGAAGAAGAAGACAAGAAAACGGGAACAAGAGUUCUGGCCUUUAAUCAAAGUGGUGCGCCUGUAUGUAAAGGCUGAUGCUCUCUCUACUGGCGCCGUCCUAGUCGACUUGCCGGGUGUCGCAGACUCAAACGCAGCUCGUGCUGCUGUUGCUGAAGGCUACAUGAAACAAUGUACCGGUCUAUGGAUCGUAUCGCCAAUCAACCGUGCCGUUGACGACAAAGCAGCCAAGAAUCUCCUCGGUUCCACCUUCAGACGACAACUAAAGUACGAUGGAACCUAUAGUGCAGUGACCUUCAUCUGCUCCAAGACUGACGAUAUCUCGAACACAGAGGCCGCUGACAGCAUGGGUCUUGGAGAUGAGAUCGAAGAGCUCGAGGACCAACUUACAGCAAUUGAUCGCCGACGCAGAGCGGCUGAGAAAGAGACAAGCAGGCUGAGAGAUGAGAAGACUUCCCUCCGCAACGCCAUGGAUAAUUGUGACGAUGAACUCGAGAAAUGGGAAGCCCUCCAAGAGAAGCUCGACGACGGCAAGACUGUCUACGCUCCUGUCACCAAGACAAGGAAGCGUAAGCGUUCUUCAUCGAGUACAGACAGCGAAGACGAGGGCAAGGACAGCGACGACUCAGAGAACGAGCCACAGUCUCCUAAUUGCGGUUCGCCGCUGACGUCCGAAGACAUCGAGACAAAGAUCCAAGAGCUGAAAGACCAGAAGAAGGAAGCUCGCCGUGGACGUAGUGAGAUCGAAUCACAGGUCAAAGAACUGAAUGACAGCAUCAAACAGCUGAAAGCCGAGACUCAAAGCAUCGAAGACAACAGAAAUCGCAUCUGUAUCGAUGCACGCAACCAAUACUCCAAAUCCGCUAUCCAGGUCGAUUUUGCGGCAGGCAUCAAAGAGGUGAGCCUUUGCAGCAAAAGGCUUGGUUUGUAUCUAAUCUGUUUCACANNGCUUGAUGAAGAGACCAGAGCCGACGAGGAUCCGGACAACUUCGAUCCUGAGGAAGAGCUCCGCGACUAUGAGAAGGUUGCUAGAGACCUGCCUGUUUAUUGUGUUUCCAGUCGGGCAUAUCAGAAGCUUUCUGGCAGACUUGUAAAAGACAACGCCGUCCGCGGUUUCACCGACGUUGAGCAAACUGAGAUCCCUGCGCUCAAAGUCCACUGCAAGAAGCUCUCAGAGAACGUCCGAUCUAUCAAAUCUCGCCGCUUUCUUACCUUACUGGGUCAAUUGCGCACUUCGCUGAUGCUUUGGUCUUCCAAUGACGGUUCUGGCGCNAAAAAGACAGAUCAGCAGAAAGACGCUGAACAUAGGUUUCUUGCUCGAAAGCUGAAGGAUCUAGAAAAAGCUCUGGAGAAUGAUGUGAACGACACCCUGACGGAGAUCAAGGAAACCGUAGCUGAGAACAUCUUCGAUAACUACGAGACUGCCAUCAAAGCCGCUGCCGAUGCCGCCUUGCCAACAUCGCAAGGUUGGGGUGCGCACAGAAGCCUGGGCGGUCUGUAUUGGUCUACCUACAAGGCGGUAGUCCGUCGCCAGGGUGUCCACUCAGGAAAAGGCGGUCUUUCUGACUUCAAUGCUCAGCUCACCGAACCAGUUUACCGGUACCUCACGAACGGCCGGGAGAGAGCCUUUCAGCGUCGUCUCCCGCAUGUCCUGAAGGCAUGCGCCAAAGGUUUCUCCAACGACUUACGCGCCUUCCAUGAAGCCAUUGAAGCCCACUCGUUUUCUCACGGAGGCAACCCUCGCCUCGGAUUGCUCGCCCAACAGCUCUCCAACUAUGAAGCUGUCUUCAGCGACCUUGGCAUUAAGAUGACCGACUUGAUCAACGAGCGCCAGCGCGAUAUCAACCGCGAAUUCACCCCGAACGUGUGUAACGCCAUGCUCGUCGAUUAUAACGUUUGCACGGCAGAGGCCGGCCCUGGUCAAUACAACAGAAUGAAGAUCCACAUGACUAACCACGUCACCGCUCAAAAGGACAGCAUGUUCCAGAGGGCUACCCAAGUCGUUCGAGACAUGAUCAAGGAUCUGAUCAAGGACGUCGAAGAGAACAUGGCCAAUCGUACCGAUCAGGUCUUCGUUGGUAUGCGUAGAGAUUACCUUCAAGUUCUAAGCAAUGUCCGCGUCGACGACAUUGCAAUGCCCAAAUGGGAGCGCAGCUUGAGAGGCACAAUCGAGGAUAUCAUCCAACAAAGCGAAGAAGGUUUCGAGGCCGUUCUUGAAGGAAGAGAUGUGGCUGUGUCUGAAGAUGAGGCUUCUGCAGGAGCCUUGAAGGCUGGAGAAGAUGGUACAGACGACGAGGAUGGGACGGUCGACAAAGACAAGAGAAAGAAGAUCAAGACAGACACUAAUUCCGAAGAUGACGCAUUCAUGGAGAACGCAGAUGAUUGA